AUGUCUGAUUCUGAAAACCAAACGACCCCAAGACGUAACUCGUUUGCACCAAUUGAAUUCACGCCGGAGAUUUCCAAACAAUGUUUAAAACAGGUAGAGUUCUAUUUCUCUGAAUUUAAUUUCCCAUAUGAUAAAUUCUUACGUACCACUGCUGAAAAGAAUGAUGGAUGGGUCCCCAUUAGUACCAUUGCUACGUUCAAUCGUAUGAAGAAAUAUAGACCAGUGGAUAAAGUUGUAGAAUUAUUGAAAGAUUCCAAGAUUUUGCAAGUGUCUGAAGAUGGUGAAAAUGUCAAGAGAUUAGUACCAUUGGAUUUGUCUAAGGAUAAGAAGAUUGAUAAGAGGAUGGAACAAAAUAAGAGAACUUUGGCAGUCAUGAAUUUCCCCGUUGAAGUGGAAGGUGAUGACAUUAGUGAAUUACAAGAACAAAUUGAAAGUUUCUUUGAUAAAUUGGGUAAAGUUAACCAAGUACGUCUAAGAAGGGAUCAUAAGAAGAAAUUUAAUGGUAAUGUACUUGUUGAGUUUGAAAGUUUAGAAGAAUGUGAAAAUUUCUUAAAGAAAUAUUCCAUUGAUCAAGAAAAGACUGAUCAAAAGGAACCUGAAGAAGUGUUAUCUUACCAAGGUCGUAAAUUGGAUGUUAUGACGAAGAAACAAUUUGAUCUACAAAGAUUAGCCACGAAAUCUAAAAAUUUCAGUGGUUCUGGUCAAAGAUCCAGAUCAUUCACUGGUCAUAGGAAAAACAUGCCCAAAUUGACUCCUCCUCCAAAGGACAAGAAGGAAGAAUCAAACGAAAAUGAAAACGAAUCAGUUAUCACUGAAUGA